CAACACCCCUACCCUUUGCACUCCGUAUAAAAUGAAGCUGCUCUAACGGCAGGCGUUUAACUGAGUACAGAGUGAGGCAGGAAAAGAGGAUUUUGAAAGAGUAGAUCAUGGCUUCGGUGUUCAUGUGCGGAGUAGAAGACUUGCUUUUUGGUGGGAGCCGGUUUGUUUGGAACUUGACAGUAUCGACUUUGAGAAGGUGGUACACACAGAGAGUGAGAGCUUGCCAUCAAGUGAUGAGAACGUGGUGUGGUCUCAGAGAAGUUUAUCAGAUGACAGAAGGCAGGCACUGCCAGGUGCAGCUCCUUGAUGACAGGAAGUUGGAACUGCUGGUUCAGCCCAAACUUUUGUCUCGGGAGUUACUGGAUCUGGUGGCAUCACAUUUCAACCUCAAAGAAAAGGAGUAUUUUGGGAUAACGUUUAUAGAUGAUACAGGCCAGAAUAUAUGGCUGCAGUUAGAUCACAGAGUUCUGGAUCACGACUUGCCCAAGAAACCAGGUCCAGCAACUUUAUACUUUGCAGUUAGGUUUUACAUUGAAAGCAUCUCCUUUCUGAAGGACAAAAACACAGUAGAACUCUUUUUUCUGAACGCAAAAUCUUGUGUGCACAAGGGGCAGAUUGAGGUAGAAAGUGAGACAAUCUUCAGAUUAGCAGCCCUGAUUUUACAGGAAGCUAAAGGUGACUAUUCCAGUGACGAUAACACAAGAAAAGAUUUAAAGGCACUGCCUGCCUUUCCUACCAAGACAUUGCAGGAACACCCCUCACUCGCUUACUGUGAGGACAGAGUAAUUGAACAUUAUAUAAAAAUUAAAGGUCUGACCAGAGGACAAGCUAUUGUUCAGUACAUGAAAGUGGUAGAAGUUCUGCCUACAUAUGGAGUCCAUUACUAUGGAGUAAAGGAUAAACAAGGAAUCCCGUGGUGGCUUGGCAUCAGUUAUAAAGGAAUAGGACAGUACGACUUACAAGACAAAGUCAAGCCUAGAAAAUUAUUUCAAUGGAAACAGCUGGAAAAUCUGUAUUUCCGUGAAAAGAAAUUUGCUGUGGAAGUUCACGAUCCGCGCAGAAUUUCAGUGUCCAGAAGGACCUUUGGACAGAGCGGACUUGUAGUGCAAACCUGGUAUGCAAACACUUCCCUGAUCAAAUCCAUCUGGGUAAUGGCAAUCAGUCAGCACCAGUUUUACUUGGACAGAAAACAAAGCAAAGCAAAAAUUCCCUCAGCCAGAAGUUUGGAUGAUAUUGCAAUGGACCUGACUGAGAUGGGGACACCAAAGGUUUCCAGACUCGUGACUUUGGAGGCAAAGAAUCAGCUUAUUAUGGCCAGCAACGGCAGUUUAAUCUCUUCAGGGUCUCAAGAUUCUGAGGUCAGCGAAGAGCAAAAGAAGGAGAAAAUUACGGAACUAAAGAAGAAAGAAAAACUGCUGCAAGAAAAGCUGCUGCAGAAAGUCGAGGAGCUGAAGAAAAUCUGCUUGCGGGAGGCGGAGCUGACUGGCAAAAUGCCAAAGGAGUAUCCUCUGAGCGUGGGAGAGAAACCUCCUCAGGUCAGAAGGCGUGUAGGCACAACAUUCAAAUUGGACGAUAACCUGCUUCCCAGCGAGGAGGACCCCGCUUUGCAAAGCUUGGAGCGUAAUUUCCUCAUACAGCAAAAGAUGGUGGAAGCUGCGAAGAAACUUGCCAGUGAGCCAGACAUGUGCAAAAAUGUGAAGAAGAAAAGAAAACAAGAUUACAUUGCUGCCAUGAAAAAGCUUCAAGAGAUCGAAAAUUCCAUAAAUGAAUACAGGAUCAAAUGUGGCAAAAAACCAACACAGAAAUCAACCCUUAUUUUGCCAGAUGAUACAGUCCCAUCUGAGAGUAGCUCUUUGUCUGAUUCAACAAUUUAUGAUGAUGCCAACGAUUCCCUUACUGUACCAGGGCAGGGAACGAGUUCCGUGCAGCUGUCUCCAAGAAUCCCUCCGCCAAAGUCCCUUGGCGUGGAGAGAAUCCAUCUUAGAAAGUCCUCCAUCAAUGAACAGCUCCUGGAAAACAGACAUUCUAGUCACAGGGUGGACGCUCUAUCGAUGCACAAUAGUCCUUACCGAAUUCUGGAACGACAGUCCUAUGGAGGGAGAAGCAUGCCCACAACACCGGUGCUCACACGCAAUGCCUACAGUAGUAGCCAUUUACAGCCGGAUAUUUCCCCAGAGCACUGCAGACAGCGCAGCGGGAGUCUAGAAUCCCAAACCCCUUUGCUGUCGGAGACUGCCAGCGAAAAGCCUGUGUUCUCCUUCUCGAAAUCCCAGCGAAGUAGCAGCACUGAAAUACUAGACGAUGGGUCAUCCUACACCAGCCAGUCAAGUGCAGAGUAUUACUGCGUGACACCUAACCCCAACCCAUAUUACACCACGCAGACGCUUGACAACCGCACGAGAGGCCGAAGGAGGUCUAAGAAACAAAACAUUUCUGCUGCAAAUUCAGGAAGCAUGCCAAAUCUUGCCCAGAAAGACUCACGGAAUGGUGUCUACCAGAAGAGUCAGGAGCAGCCUUCCUCUGCUUACUAUGUUUCUGGCUAUUCACCUUACACUGAAUGUGACGUUUAUUACAAUGGGGGAUACGUUUAUGAGAAUGACACAGAGGGACAGUAUAGCGUCAACCCUUCAUAUCGCUCGUCGGUGCACUGUGGCUACGACCGUUAUCGAGAACUCAGGUCCUACCGCGAAGGGGAGAUGGAAAGAGUACCACACAACCCAUAUGCAACUCUGAGACUUCCAAGGAAGCAGGUUGCUAAAACGCAACAUAUAACCAAAAACAUUCACAAGGCCUUAGUAGCAGAGCAUCUCCGUGGUUGGUACCAACGUGCCUCCGGUCAAAAGGACCAGGGUCAGAGUCUGCAGGCAGGCUUUGACUCUGACCGAGGAUCCCAAAGGAGUCUGGGCUUUGCAGGCCUGCAAGUACCGUGCUCUCCUAGCAGCCGGGCUUCUUCUUUCUCUUCAGCGUCUUCUGCAAACACUUCUGGAAACUGGCGGAACCAGAUUGCACUAGGGCUUUCCGAUUAUGAUACAUUGUCUCAUUCCUCUUAUACCAGCUGUUAUGGGAAUGUUUAUGGCAACCUUCCACUGCAGAGCAGAGCAUAUGCAGAGACAAGCCAGCCGGAGGAUGCUGACGAGAACCAGUUGGAAGCUGACUUGCACAGUAACGAGCAGAGGCUAUUUUGGCAUGAGGAUUCGAAGCCUGGGACGCUCGUGUAGGCCAUCAACAGCCCUGUAUUUGCACCCCCCAUGUGCCUUGCACAGAAUGCUGUUCCCUUGAAAGAGAUCUCCUGUGGAAUCCCCCACCCCCCCACUCAAACAUGAAAGUAUUUUGACUUGUGGGUGAAGAUUGUGUUCAGCAUUAAGAGGGACAUGUACAAAAUUACAAAGUCUUUCCAACAACGGCAUUUCUUUCUGAAUCCAGACAAUAGUCUAACUGCGCAAGGGCAGGCCGCCACUGAAUCUAUGAGGAGAUGCAGCACUUGGCUGAAGUAUUUAUAUUUAGCAAGCACUUUUUAGAAGACUGGAAGGUGUUGAAGGCAGACCUCAACAAAAUGUGAAAAGGUGACUUAUGGAGAAAACAGGAUUUUUAGGAGCACAAUUCAGAUGGCUGAAAGAAGAAGAAAUAAAAAUGUCUUCUGCCGUCACUUAUGAUGACCAAGAAGGACUUCAUAAGCUGAUGAAGGAUACUGUGUGUGUGUGUGAAUGAGGCAAAGAUUGACUCAGUCAGUAUUGGAACAUUACUUGAAGGAAGGCUGGAUUUUUUAAUGGUGGUUUGAAUGAGCUACAAAACAAUUUUUUUGGGGGGUGUUAUUACGAGUGUUUGUAUGCACCACAAAAUGGAUUCUGGAAAGAAAGGCAAUUUACUAUUGCAACAUAUAAUGUAAAAACUAACCCUAGAAGGCUGUGGAUUUUGGAAAUAGAAGCAGCAAACAUUGAACUGUUUCCAUGAUAAAAUGUAAUUAAUAUCCUCCCGUUUGAAUGAAUUUUCCAUGGUACAAUUUCAUUGUGCAGAUGGGCAUGCAAAUAGUCAUGUUGAAUGCACAAUGAACUCUUAAUUAGAUAGCUAUUACAUUUUGCUCUGCCAGAUUGAUGGAAGAUUGGAGGUGGAAUGCUCUAGUUAUCACAUGUGGAACAAUUUUACUAAACUGGCCAGUAUUCUAAGGUGGAUGCAAAAAAAUAAAAAUAAAAAGACCAAGUCGGUGCCUUAAAAUUGAGGGCAUUAGAAUUGUAGAACGUCAUCUGAAACGCCAGGUGCACUACGAAGUCACUAAGUGACAAAACAGCAUUUUCAGAAAAUCAUUUACAUUGUUUUUUAAAAAAUCAACCGCCGUUUUGAUCUAGGAGGAAUAAGCCUACCUCAUAUCAUCCAUCUGUAGAAAUCAAUUCGUGUGAACUCACUUGUGUAGUUUACAAAAAAUAUAUAUAUAUAUUUGCAUACUGUAAAGUAAUUCUUGUUUCUCGGCUGUACUGUGCUUCACUCCAUAAAAUGGUGCUCUUUUAUUUCUUUUAUACAGAGGAUUAGUUACUCCUUGUUCAUAUUGUGAAUAGCAAAGUUUCUGAUAAACUUUUUGAACGUUUUUUUACCAGUAUUCCAAAGCAUGUAAUAUAGACCGAAAGACAAAUUUGUUAAGCUGGUCCUCAGUCAUUUGUAUUAUUAGAGUUGAGGUUUGGAAUAAACAAAACAAUAACAAAUAAUUUAUUUCCUUUUG